GUCUGGAAGGCAGCUCAUUGAGACCCACCUCCCAGUUCCUGUGCCCACUGGGAUAUUACUGUGUAGAGGGCACUGCCAUCCCGCACGGGUCACCUUGCCCUGCUGGUACAGCAGGAGAACAACUGGGUCAGACAAGUAGGGCAGCCUGCAAGAGAUGCAGAGAAGGACGCUUCUGUCCUGCAGGCUCAUCGGGUCCUGGCCUGCCCUGUGCUCGUGGGAAAUACUGUCCUGCUGGCACGCUGGAAGAAGUUAUGUGUCCUCGAGGCACCUUCACCCCUCAUCAAGGAGCAAUAAGUGUGAAGGACUGUCUUAAAUGCCCCGCUGGUUUUUACUGUCUUGAGGGGGGAAGCGACCCUGUCCCCUGUCCACCAGGCACCUUUAACCCCUCAGAGGGUCAGGAUGAGUUGACCGAUUGCAGAGAGUGUUAUGCAGGAAAAGCCUGCACACAGGUAGCUUUGAGAGCACCCGAUGUGGACUGCAUGCAAGGGUUCGCAUGUCCCCCUGGUUCCUCCAAACCUAACCCGCCAGCCAAUGCCUGCCCACCAGGGACUCUGAGCGACCGCACCGACCUCACGGACCGCUCACAGUGUCAGCGGUGCCCAGCGCGAUAUGCCUGCCUUCGGGGAACGGGUGGUAUCCAAAGACCACCAAUCUCCUGCUUUGCAGGACACUAUUGUCCACCUGGAACUAUGUUCCCCACCCAGUUCAAGUGCCCUGUGGGGACAUGGAGCAGACAGAGUGGACUGGAAGCUGAAAGUCAGUGCCAGCCAUGCCCACAGGGCUGGUACUGUCUGGCCGGAUCUGGAGCUCCGUCAGGUCGCUGCAAUUCUGGACACCACUGUCCCGAAGGGACUGCAUACGGCACCCAGUUUCCUUGCCCUGCAGGUACAUACAGCAUUAAAAUGGGCAACAGAUACAGAGAAGACUGCCUGAUUUGUCCUAAAGGCUCAUACUGUCAAAAGGGGACCUCCAAACCUUCACCCUGUCCACCCGCCUCGUUUCGCCAUCUGAAAGGAGGUCGGAGGCUGGAGGACUGCUCUACCUGCCCAGCCGGUUAUUUCUGUCCCCACUCAGCCACUGUCAACCCCAGAGUGUGUGGAGCUGGCAGCUAUUCGGACGAGGGCUCUGUGGAGUGUUCUCCAUGCCUUCCGGGCCACUACUGCAGUAAUGAGACCACGAGCGAGGAAGCCAUGUUGAGGGUCAUGGUGUGUCCCCCGGGCCUCCUCUGCUCUCAGGGUUUGGCCCGAGACCCACAGCGCUCAGCGACCCUCUGUCCUCGAGGCUUCUACUGCCCUGGAGGAGGCAUUGAUCCCAACCCCAUUCCUUGCCCCAACGGUACCUACAGUGACGCUGCGGGUCUGCGUGAGGCCAUCGAGUGUGUCCAGUGUCCCGAGGGGAAGUACUGUUACUCCCAGCAGCCUCACGAGCAGCCUAUUACCAGCCCUACCGCUGUGUGUCCUCAUGGGCACUAUUGCCCGCAGGGGACCGGCUACCCACACACCUUCCCCUGUCAGGCCGGCCAGUAUAGGAACAACACACUUGGUCACAGUGGAGAGGUGUGUGUUUUAUGUCCAGCCAGGCAUUACUGCGACAGACUGGGAACUCACAGGCCCUCAGUCUGCCCUCAGGGAUUUUAUUGUCCGGAGGGCACUUCUGCUCCUGAGCCUUGUCCCAAAGGAACCUACAGCUCUCGUUCGCUUCUCAGUGAUGGGGCUGAGUGCUCCCCUUGUGGCGGGGGCCAGUACUGCAGCACCGUGGGACUCUCGCAGCCUUCUGGAAGCUGCAAAGAACGAUACUACUGCAGAGAGGGAGCAAAAUCACCAACUCCUGCAGAUGGGCCGACGGGAGGUUUGUGUCCAGCGGGAAGUUACUGUCCUUUGGGUUCGUCCUCUCCCUUCCCCUGUCCCCCCGGCACCUUCAGCAACAGCACCGGCCUCAGCAGGCCUGAGCAGUGCGUCAGCUGUCCGCCAGGUUUUUAUUGUUUAGGUUCCAACAACACCUCACCUUCGGGUCCUUGUUUUCCUGGUUUUUAUUGCACCGGUGGCUCAGCUUCGCCUACUCAGAACGAAGCAGAGGAGGGUUUUUACGCCCUGGAGGGGGCCGCCAGGCCACAAGCCUGUCCUCUUGGGACUUUUCAGCCGCGUCAAGGUGCACAGUCAUGUGUGGAGUGUCAGGGUGGCAGACUGUGUAACCAGACGGGCUUGUCCCAGCCUACACAGUGUCCCACGGGACACUACUGUCCUCCAGGGUCCUCUGUAGCGCGACCCUGUCCUGCGGGCUCUUAUUCGGACCGGCCUGGUGGCGACGCUGUGCAGUACUGCCGGCCAUGUGAGGCUGGUUGGUUCUGCAGCCGAGCCGGUCUCUCUGAACCUCAGGGUCUCUGUAACUCAGGACACUACUGCACCUCAGGAGCCUCCACUGCCUCUCCGGUUGCCAUGGCCUCCGCAGCUGUAUGUCCAGCAGGUUUUGUCUGUCCACAAGGGACCAGGUACCCCGAGCAGCACCCCUGCCCCGUAGGAACCUGGAGCAGCUCUGUGGGAGCCCAAAACCUUUCCUCCUGCCGGCUCUGCCCUCCAGGGUUCUACUGCAACCGGACUGGACUCAGCCAGCCAUCGGGAACCUGCAAUGCCGGUCAUUACUGUUCGGGAGGGGCGGUGUCGUCAGCGCCCUCAGACGGUGUGACAGGGGACAUUUGUCCAGUUGGACACUUUUGUCCCACAGGCUCAACUUCUCCCGUACUCUGCCCUGAUGGGACUUACUCCAACACUAGAGGGUCAGGAGAGUGUGAUGACUGCCUCUCGGGGACCUACUGUCUGUCCGGAGAAGGUGUCCAGCCUUGUCCAGCGGGACAUUACUGUCUUGGUGGCAGUGUUGCGGGUAUCCUUCCCUGCCCUCCUGGCACAUACAGCCCUCAGUUUGGCCUCAGCCACGUGGAGCAGUGCCUCAUAUGUCCAGCAGGGUUCUACUGUGAGGACUGGGGUCUCUUUGAACCUACCGGACCCUGCCAAGCCGGUUACUAUUGCAUAGCAGGUGUGAACUUUCAGAACCCAGAUGGUAACUUCAGCACAGGAGUAGGAGGCGCCUGUCCAAAGGGGAUGUUCUGUCCUGAGGGCACCAGUCUCCCACUGCCCUGUCCACCAGGAACCUACUCCUACAGUCUUCAUCUGACAGACGCCUCUGGCUGUAGUCCAUGUCCUCCGGGUCACUUCUGUGCCACUUCAGGUCUCACUCAUCCAUCUGGACUCUGUAAAGCAGGGUUUUACUGUCCAGGGGGAGACACAACAGCUACAGGCUCUGAAGGAGGUCUUUGCCCACCAGCUCAUUACUGCCCCGAGGGUAGUGCAAGCUCAGUGCCCUGCCCAGCUGGAGCCUACACCAACCUCACAGGCCAGACCGUGUGUUCCCACUGCCCAGCUGGCUACUACUGUCCAGAAAAGACUGGCAACUUCACCAAGUUCCCCUGCCCCCCUGGCUUCUACUGCCCAGAGGGUUCAAGGCACGCCACCCAGUUCCCCUGUCCUCGUGGAUACUACAACCCAGAGCCCAUGACUCAGAGUCUGGACAGCUGCCUGCCCUGUCCACCUGGACACUACUGUGAGAAGGAGAGGCUGAGCAAAGUGUCUGGAAAAUGCAAAGCUGGUUGGUUCUGUGUGUCAGCAGCUUGGACCUCCCAGCCAUUCGAUCUGGACAAUUACACAAAUGCCAACUGCCUUUGUCCAGCUACAUCCACGGGGGGGCACUGCCAAGUGGGCUUUUACUGCCCUUUAGGUAGCUCAGAGCCCCUGCCAUGUCCACCUGGAACCUUCUGUAACAUCUCAGAUGAUCAAAGUAAUAGUGUAUCUGAAGAGUGA